AUGAAGCGUCCGUUCAGCCAAUCAGCUCUGCCCAACACCCAGCUGGACAGGACUGGGUUUGAUGCUGGGUUGGGAGAGCAGAUGGACAGUGACACUUGCUGUGAUACCCAGAAUGAGGCUGCUGUACCAGAUGAGCAGUCACCAGGGGGCGCCCUGCCUUCUGCACUCUACAGACCCAAAAGGGAGAGGAAGCAGCGGAGCUACACAUUGUGUGAGGUUUGCAACAUCCAACUCAACUCAGCCGCACAGGCCCAGAUCCACUACAACGGCAAAUCCCACCAGAAAAGGCUCAAGCAGAUAAGCAAUGGCAAGAUGCCAAGUAACACAGGUACGUCAACCCAGGGCAGCCCCCUUCUGGCUUCCCUCCCUGUCCCAGGACGGCCACUACAGCCUCAGCUCGACCUCAAACAUCUCCUGCCCUUCAGACUCAAUGGAUCCUCCCCGCUCAGCCUCUUCCCUAACUUUAACACAAUGGAUCCUGUCCAGAAGGCAGUGAUCAACCACACAUUUGGUGUCCCGCAGCCCCUCAAGAAGAAACAGAUUAUAUCCUGCAACAUUUGCCACCUGCGCUUUAACUCAACGAACCAAGCAGAGGCCCACUACAAAGGCCACAAGCACGCCCGGAAGCUUAAAGCCAUGGAGGCCCAGAAGAACAGGCAACGACGAGCCGGGGAAGCCUUAUCCGCAGGAAGGGAGCGAGAACGAGAUAGAGAGCGGGAACGAGAGCGGGACAGGAGCAAGACGGUUAUGUCUGAGGCGGCUCUCCCUGCACUCAUGGAUACAAGCUUAGUGGAGGGAACAAGUCUUCAGUCUGAACUUGAACCAGCCAACCUGGAGGUGAAGCUUGAGGAGAGUCCCAGGAGCUCAGUUAUGCUGACGCCAGUAUCUGAGAUUUCCUCUGUGGAGCUGGUCACCCUCUCUCCUCCUCAGAUUUCGCCUUCCUCACAGCUUUCUGAGAUUGCCUCCGACACCAGUGCUCCUGAAGUCCCAGAAGCCGCUGAGGCUGCGGGCCUGACCACUGAGUCAAGCAGCCAUGCAGAUUCAUCUAGCACAAAUGGAGAUGCACGUCCAGAUGAGGACAAGGACCCCAAGAAGAGCAAAGCUCACCUCCAUUGUCCUGUCUGUAAAGUCACAGUAAACUCAGUCUCCCAACUGGAAGCACAUAAUAGCGGUACAAAGCACAAACUGAUGCUGGAAGGUCACAGUGUCCUGCCGCGACGCAGGGGGAAGGUGGUGGCAGCUCGUGCAGGCUGCAAGACCAAGAGGCUUGGCAGCAAAGGCAGCGUUGGGGUGCCCAGCAAGAACUUCCAGUGUGAAGUGUGUGAGAUCUUUGUGAAUUCUGAGACCCAGCUGAGCCAGCACAUGAAUAGCAGAAGGCACAAGGAUAGGCUGGCCGGAAAACCACCCAAACCCAAAUUUACCCCCCACAGCAAGAGCCAGCCAAGCUCCAGCUUAGCGAACGUGAGAUGGAGUGGCUAUGCAGGCGUGGCUGUGUCUGCCAUGAAGAAAGCAUUCAGCCAGUACAACCUCACCUCCCUCUCCUCGCAGACCAAACUGGCCUUGCAGAAGCAGCUGACCAAGAGCUUGACAACUGGCUUCCUGCCCAGCCCCCUCACCCAGCCAACUCUGUGCACAGUGGCAACUAACCCACUGGCUCUGCGCCACCCAGUGGGCACCACCACAUUCAUCCAGACCCCCUUCCUGGGCCCUGCACUGUUCCGGCCUGCCCCGGGGCCACUGCGGGCCACACACACACCCAUCAUCUUCUCCCCCUACUAA